AUGUCACUUCAGCAAAGCAUUACUGCUCAGUUGGGAUCCGUUGCCUAUUUUGUUAGGAGUAGGGUCGAGGAACCUUUUCACUCCGAUUUCUCAAGACAGUUUGGCGAGAGAGAAACCGUAACUCCAGCUGUCGUACUUCAUGCAGAAAACCCAAAGGUCUCUGUAGACUUUCUGGAAAACUCCUUUUCUCGAUUUGCCGUUGAAGACGAUGUGUUUUCCACGGAAUUUCUCAUAAAUAACAUCCUGAUAAGAUCAAGCACGCUCCUUUUUGUCGACAAAUCAGAGGGGAAAGACGUUUUGCCUCAAGGACCAUAUUUUGCCAGCCGGCAAGGAUUGCAUCAGGUUUGGAGACUUUAUGAAGACAGUCUAGCAGCCUUCGUGUCGUCGGUCAUUCCCAGUGAUGAUCCAUACUUGUUCGAGCCUUUGAAGGCUGCCGCUUACACAGGACUGCACAGAGUCGUAGCAGUGCCAUCACGUCUCUACUAUCCCAAAACAGACAAACGACCUUUAAACGGGAUGAGAAUUGCAAUCAAAGAUAACAUGCAUCUAAAUGGAAUUGUGACUACCCUCGGCAGCCGAUCUUAUACUGCUUGCUACGGAGUGCAAAAGGUGACCUCCAGCUUCGUCAAGCAACUAAUCGAUCAAGGCGCCAUUAUUGUACGGAAAACGAAACUUUCUGCUUAUGCUGGUGCCGAGAUACCACCUGAAAAAUGCAUCGAUUACUUUCCUCCUUGGAAUGCAAGAACAGAUGGUUACCAAGGCCCGUCAGGCAGCUCAAGUGGUGAGGAUAGGAGGAUACAGUUGGCUGGACUUGAGCCUUGCAACCGAUACUACCGGAAGCAUGAGAAUGCCAGCAGCUUCUCACGGAGUCUGGGGACUCCGGGUCACUUGGAAUGCCUUGCCCAUGGAGGAAAUGGUGCCCAAUGCUCCGACACAUUCGGCAUUCUGGGACGCAGUGCCGAUGAAAUCCGUCAAGCUCUUCUCUCUUCUGGCUUGCAUGCGCCCACAGGCCUGGAGGCAUGUUCCCCCCUCCCCUUAGAAAAAUGCCAGACCGCAGAAUUAAUUCUUUUUGUACAAAAACAGCUACCGAAGAAGAUUCUCUAUCCCACCGACUGGUUCCCGUACCCAAAUCCUAAACAGCAACAAAUGACGGAAGAAUUUAUCGGUAUCUUGGAAGAAUUUCUCGGUAUCUCCCACACCAAAAUCUCCCUCAAGGAGAAAUGGACACGCUCCGCCCCGGAAGAUCUACGGGCAACACCUCUAACGGACUAUCUCAACAACACGGUGGAAUAUGUAAACCUCCAUGAUGGAUUCCACUCAUUCGACAACUUCCGGGAAGAACAUCGAAACCUUUUUGGACACGAUAUGUUAGCCCGUAUCACAGUAGACGAUGAGCAGAGAGCCCAAGCAGACAAAGAAACGGAGGUGUUUAAGAAUUGGAUCGACGCUCACAUUCUCACCAGAGACGCAUCUGGAGCAUCUGAGGCUAUUAUGAUACUCCCUCUUGGCCGACCGGGGCCUAAUUAUCGAGACAUUGUCCCACCACAGAACACUGGACCUGCCUGGUACGGUGGAUACGAUGAGGAUUUCUUCGCCUCUAUGCUGGGCCUUCCUCAAUUAGUAAUACCAAUUGGUCAAAACCCAUAUGAGUCAAGAAUUUCCGGAAGAACUGAAUAUUUUCCAAUCGUCGGUUCGAUAGCUCCAGGUGAGCAAACAAAGACCGAAUGGCGGGGGCUGAAGAAACAAUAUGAGUUAACAACAUCCCAUCUAGGUUCGGACCUAAUGCUUCUCCAAAUUGCUCCUACGAGAUUGUUGAAUAGAGUUCGGGAUACUUUGGGUCUCAUUAGGUUUGCUGCAGAGAUGAAUCAAGACUGUCAAGACAUAAUGAAAAUUCACAAAUCCAAUAGCGACAGACCAACCAUGCGAUCAAGUAGGGACAACGAGAUAAUCAGUAAUCAGUCGCACGAAAUCCACGCCACAGCUGGACCUUAUUAUACAAAAUCUUGUACAAAUCGCGAAUCUCUCGCCAGAGAGGAAUCAUUAAGCAAAUCAACGUAA